AUGACUACUGCUUGGAAGAGAUUAAUUAGAUUUGUUGCUCACGAUGAUAAAAUCUACAGGGGUGAACCACUUGUUAGUGAUGCUGAAUACGAUGUUGGCAAGCUUGCUUUACAAGGCAAGACCAUCAAAGCGAAAGUCAUCGAGGGGGGAAACAUUUUCGGAGAUGCGGUUGUUACUGAAAAAGUCUUGGAAGUUAAGAAAUUGUUAGGGCCAUUAACCGAAGAGGAAGUCCCCAUCAUAAAAUGUGUUGGAUUAAACUACAUGAAGCACAUCCAAGAAGGUGGUAGAACCCCUCCACCUUACCCAUCUAUCUUCUACAAACCUAGAUUUGCUGUUGCUGAUUUCGGUGAACCAAUCCCAAUACCAAAGAUUGCCCAAGAAAACCAGUGUGAUUAUGAAGGUGAGUUAUGUGUGGUUAUUGGCAAGACUGGAAAAGAUAUCAAGGAAGAAGAUGCUUUAAGCUACGUUGCUGGUUACGUUUCUGGUAAUGAUGUUUCCGCUAGAACUUGGCAAAGAGAUCCAAAGCAUGCCGGUGGUGUUCCUCAAUGGUGUUUCUCCAAGUCCUUUGACAAAUACGCUCCAUUAGGUCCACAAUUGGUCUCUUCUCAAGUUAUUUCCGACCCAGCUACUUUACAUUUGACUACCAGGGUUAAUGGUGAAGUUCGUCAAGAUACUGAUACUGAUGAUUUGUUAUUCAAUGUUCCCAAGAUCAUUGCUUUCAUUUCUCAAUCUACCACUUUAGAACAAGGUACUGUUAUCAUGACUGGUACUCCAAGUGGUGUUGCUAUGGGUAUGAAGGUCCCAAAGUACUUGAAAAACGGUGAUGAAGUUGAAGUUGAAAUUACACAAAUUGGUACUCUUUCUAACAAGAUGGACUUUGUUUAA